UGCGGGACAGAAAAUCCCAGUGAGGUGAGUCCGGAUCGUGCCUUGUGUCGUGUCUCCACAGCUGAAGCGGACUUUCACGCCGACGCUUUUGCGUAUAGUUUUCCCAUGAUCCUUUGCUGCCGUGCUGUAUAUUUGAUCAAAGGAGCGACGGUCCCGCGAUCGGAAUAGAGCCUAUAAUUCUCGCUUCGUUCGGCCUCUCUGACGAUAUGAUGUGCGACACGGCAAACAGGAGCUUCCGAGCGCAGCUGGCCACCAUUCUGGACAAGCUAACGAAGGCGGCUCUGGUGGAAAUCAGCAGCCUGGCUGACGAGUGCUCCUCCGUCCUUCACACCGAGAUCUCCCUGCAAAAGACGGAGAACGAGGCGCUCAAGAAGAGAUGCUUCUCCCUGGAGGUCCAGCUGAGAGCAGCCAGGGAGGGACAGUCCCACCCUGGACACGUCCACAGCUGUCUCAGCCGAAGGCAACUUCCAGAUCAGCAGCAUUCUGCUCCAGCCAUAGACGGAGUCUUUGGAAAGGACUGGUGCAUGGACCUGUGGCGAGAAGACAAGCAGCCUCCUCAAAGAGAGCCCAUGGAGACCGCGGCUCUGACGGCGCAGGUAACUGAUAUGAUUGGAAGAGAACCUGACAUCAUCUUUGUCAAGGAGGAAACCUAUGACGAUCAUCCCAUUGGCCAACAGAUGAGGAAUACCAACGACCCAAAAAUCGUCGGGAUGUUCGGAGACGACAGCCUUCUUCACAGAUCUGUUGAUGAACUGCAGCUUCACCCAGGGGGGUGCGACAACUUCCCCGUGAUGUCUGAAAGUCAACUACAACACACGCAGCCAACAAUCGCAGACAGAUUAAUAGAUGAUGCCACGAUGAAUAGUCUGGCUGAAAACACGAAUCCCCUCUCUGGUGCCAUGGAACACGCCAACUACACCAAACAACUCGCUUUUCAUCAAAAAGCCGUUAAGCCAUCAAAGCGUUUCGAGUGUUUGUUCUGUGGAAAAAUCUUUAACUAUCUGAGCAGUUUAAAAGUCCACAUCAGACGACAUUCAGGUGAGAAGCCGUUCAGCUGCACGGUGUGCGGCAAGCGCUUCGCCCAGAAAACAUACCUGAAACUGCACCAGCGAGUGCACUCGGGGGAAAAGCCCUACAGCUGCCCUAACUGUGGCAAAAGUUUUUCUCAGAAGAGCUCUCUGAACAUCCAUCUGCGGACACACACUGGAGAAAAACCCUACAGCUGCAUGGAUUGCGGUAAAUGUUACGCAUACAAGUACGGUUUAAAUCACCACCAGUGCUUCAGCUGGUUGGUCAAACCAGAAGUGUUUGAUAGAGCUGCUUUCGGUACCGCUCCAUCUGACUUAACAUGUGCCAACAUGUCCAUUCAAAGCCCAAGCAUGAAUGAAACAAGCCUGUUUGAAGCAAAGAAAGGCAACUUGUAAAGCCCGUGGCUGGCCUUGCUGCUGCUUUUAGCCUUACUGCAGAAGCACUGACAUAUUAGGGGCUCACGGCAAAGUUUAAGACGUCAUCAGCAGGUCAGGCAAACGCAUAAACUCCAUUUCACUCAUGGGUACGUACCUCACGGCUCAGGCCACUAUGGAUGGAUGCCAAAAUACUUCCCCUGAGCAGGUGCUCCUGUCCAAUUAUAAGCUACCUCCUUUUAACGAAGAAGAAACGCCGCCGAUUUCUUACCCAGGUGUCACCACUGCUCAGCACUUCAUACCUACGCAUACCUCAUUUCUUAGAUCAUGAAUGUGGAGGCCCGCCUCUUUAAAGAACAGAACUGUUGUGAAAAUGUUUGUCUUGUGUAUUUAAAAUCAGUUGUAUUCUCGUCUAGCUGACGUCACGUUUGAAUAAAUAUUUGAGUUAUUUAAAGAAAACUUGUUUUGCCACCACGCAGCUGAGCUGAUUUGACUUAGUCUUGUACUUUUCUGAGUGGCGGGUUUGCCUGCAGCGUGCCUCUGAAGAGACGAGCAGAGCGAACCGGCUUUUUUGUUGUAUUUCUCUGCUUUGUUUAUUCUGUUCUAGAUGGAAAUGUAAAGACUUCAGGGAUGAUUCUUGCAUCCUAGGUUUUGAUUUGAAAAUAGCCUACUAAUCGUUUUAAAGUAUUAUAUCAAAUAAAACUGAAAUCACAACA